CAACAACUCGUCCGUGUGCGUCUCUCGGAGCAGCAGCAACCUUUUAUAAACCAUGUCGACAGGCUUCUGUUUCCAGACGCAGCUCGUUUCCAUCAUGGACGCGUUAUCCAAAACAGCAGUAAUGGAAAUAAGCAAACUGGUGGAGAUCGAGUCGAAGAUGCUGAAAAUAGAGAUAACCCGAGGGCGGAACGAAAUCGCCUCGCUCACAGAGAAACUGCAGCUGAUGGAGAACUUGCUUUAUAUUGCACAGGGGGGCAGGCAGGACGCAGCAGCCGCAGCAUGCUCAGUGGUGAGGGACUGUUCAGAGGACAGAGUAUUGGACCAUGACAGGACAAGACCUGCCAUAAAAAGUGAGAGCCCAUGGGAAAGCAUAACUUCCUCCCCUGAGAGGAGCAGUGUGCCUCAAGGUGGAGAACAUGCCGCAGAUGAACUCCAAAAUCCAUCGAAAGAGCAGCCUGAAUUGAUUGUGGUAAAGGAAGAGCCGACAGAGUUGGACAAUGGAGACACUGAACAAGAUAGGACAAGUAAAAACAGAAGGGAGGCCGUCACGGACACCCAGAAGAGUCCAGAAGUGAUGCAGCAUCCCAAACCCAUCACAGAACAUCAGCAGCCUCUGUUUCCCGACAGCUUUGUGAUCCUGAGCGCCCAGUCGUCUCUCACUGGACCAGUAAGGAGGGAAGCGCAGUGGAAUCCACAGCUUGCACCUGCACACACAAACCUAGAGGCUGGGAAAAGUUUGGCUCAAAAUGUUGCCUCCCAAAGCUCUAGCGUGCUCAGGAAUAUGAAGCUUCACAACUUGAGGACCUCGGCUGCAAAGAGGUUCGGCUGCUUGCAGUGCGGCAAGAGCUUCAGAUGCUUUAGCCAGCUUGAAAUACACCAGAGAAGUCACACCGGAGAGAAGCCGUUCAGGUGCACACUUUGUGGGAAGAGAUACGCACAAAAAGGGCACCUAUAUACACACCAGCGCACACACACUGGGGAGAAGCCAUACCGCUGUCCUAUUUGUGGAAAGGGUUUUAUUCAGAAAUGCACUCUCGAUAUGCAUCAGCGCACACACACCGGAGAAAAACCUUUUGUUUGUAUCAAAUGUGGCAAAGGUUUUACAAAGAACUGUAAUCUGAAAAAACACCUCGCAGUACAUCUGGAUCCUAGUUUGAACAUGUAUGGUAGUGAAUCUAAUGCUCCGACAUUUAGUGGGACAUUCGUUAAUGGAACCACUAUUAAAGAGCAACGUCGCUACGCUGGGAAUCUUGCCAAAAAAUACGCAAUAUUCAGCCUCCCUGUCGAGAUGAUGUGCGACACCACAAACCGAAGUUUUCGGACGCAGCUGGCCGCCAUCCUGGACAAGCUGACGAAGUCGGCGUUGGUGGAAAUUGGCAACCUGGCUGAUGAAUGCUCCUCCGUCCUUCACACCGAGAUAUCCCUGCACAAGACGGAGAACGAGGCGCUCAAGAAGAGGUGCUACUCGCUGGAGGUCCAGCUGAGAGCAGCGAGAGAGGCACAGACAUAUCCUACACAUCUCAACAACGUCAACCGCAGACACCCUGCAGAACAGCAGCAGCCGGCUCCAGCCAUCGAUGGAGUUUUUGGAAAGGACUGGUGCAUGGAUCUGUGGAGGGAAGACAAACUCCCACCUCAAAGAAAAGACACAGUGGAGCCUGCUGCUAUGACAAGCAUGGGGGCACAGGCAAUGGACUUAUUGGAGAGAGAACCUGAUCUCAUCUUUGUCAAGGAGGAGAUAUAUGAUGAUCAUCCCAUUGGUCAACAGAUGAUGCUCACAGAUAACAGAAAAAUUGUUGGAAUUUUUGAGGAGGACAGCAUGCUUCAUAGAUCUGUUGAUGAGCUGCAGCUUCACUCAGGGGAAUUAAACAGCUUCCCCAUGACGGCUGACAGUCAAACACAACUCCGCACACAGACAACAAUUAUGGACAAGUUAAUAGAUGAUGCAACAAUGAGCACUCUGGUUGACAACACAAAUCCUCCUUCAGUCACCGCUGAAUACUCUGACUAUACGAACAAUAUCCACAUGAAUGCAACCAAAGAACUCCCCAAUCAGCCAAAACCUAUGAAGCCAACAAAACGCUUUGAGUGCUUAUUCUGUGGGAAAAUAUUCAACUAUUUGAGCAGUUUAAAAGUCCACAUCAGGCGACACUCUGGUGAGAAGCCUUUCAGCUGCUCAGUUUGCGGGAAGCGCUUCGCACAGAAAACAUACCUGAAACUGCACCAGCGCGUGCACUCCGGGGAGAAGCCUUACAGCUGUCCAGACUGUGGCAAAAGUUUUUCCCAGAAAAGCUCUCUGAACAUACACCUUCGAACACAUACUGGUGAAAAGCCUUAUAGCUGUGUGGAUUGUGGGAAAUGUUAUGCAUACAAGUAUGGUUUAAAUCACCACCAGUGUUUCAACUGACUGAUCAAACCACACGGUGGUCACUGGUAAGAAGUCUAACUCUGAACAGCUACUUCUAAAGUGCUCUAUGUAUUACUCAAAGUGGCUCAACUUGUGCCAAAAUGUCUACACAAAACUCAAAUGUGGAUGAAAAAUACUCUAGUUAUAGUUCAUAUGGUUAACAGUGCUGCUGUAAGAUCUUAGUUUGUUGGGUGUUUUUAGCUUUAAUGCAGACAGAAAUGCUGCAGCAGUCAGACAAAGGUACAGAGAAUGUACCAUUUGAAAGGGUGGGAUUUGGUUCAUGUUUUUGGUUUAGGGGGUUCAUUGGCAAAGGUUUGAUGCCCUCAGCAAGCCUUUAAAGUGCAUUUCCCAUCAUGAUUGAAUGGAAGUGUCAUAAAUUAGAAGACACAUUUCAUUUAAGUCUAUUUAAUGUGAGUUCUCAUCCAAGCUAUGACAGAAUAAUACUUCCACUUCAUUCAUUGCAUGUUGUCAUGAUUGGUGUAACAUGUUAUACAUACCUCAGUAUUAUUUCAGACCACAAAAGGCUUGUGCCAAAAUAAUGACUUUACAUUGUUUGCGCACAUGUAGCAUAAACCUUCAAAACUACCUCUUCUCAACAAUGUAGAAGUAAAACAACUCACUCUGUUUGCUUCAUUUCCCAAGUCUCACCGCUGCUCUAUAUUUUCCUUAUGCCAUGCCUCAUUUCUUGGCAUUUAACGUGACAGAAAGUGAGUAGGUCAAUGUCUUUAAAACUGUCAAAAAGAGAUGAUGAUGUGUGUGGGUCACAUAAAAGUUAAGAGUGAGAAAUUGUUCAGGUCUAAAUGUUGUUACUGUUCAAAUAUGUAUUUGGUUUUAGAAGACAGAUUGUGUUGUCAGUGUGUAGUCAAGCCAAACUAGUGUUUUUUUUUUUAUUUUUACUAAAUAUUAACCAUUUCUGUUAAAGAAAUAAUAUUUUUAUUCUGUACCUAACUGUCAUCAUGCUUAAACAGAGAAAUGAUCUGUACUAGGCACCUAUUUUGCCUGUAAUAAUGAUCCCCCUCAACAGACCACACUGACCCAACUGAGUGCAUUAUCCCUUCCCAAAAAUGAAAUUGUGCUGUUGAUCUCCCCCCACCCCUUUUCACUCACACCUGCAUGCCCCUUGCAAAGCCCCAUCAGAUGUGCAUUGUCAACAUUGAAUAUGUAAAGUCUCCCCUGAUAAAACGGAUUAUUCAA